AUGGUGGAGCUCGAGGCUCUAGAGCGACGUGAGUGGAAGAGACUCAAGGAGGAAAGCUUGGGGCUCCAUACUGUAAGGAGCCUGCCACCUGAGGCUUCCGGAUGCCUGGUCGAUUCAACAGGGAUCGAGCUGGACCUGAACCAGCCUGCUUCGAAGUCAGCACAGCUUCUUGGCGCCUCUCAGCCUUUCACCUUGCGCGUCUUCAACAUGAGCGGCCAGUGCCUCAUCGAGUUGGCGAUCCGGCCACCGGCAGUGCCAAGCAUGCAGAGGCUGGCAGCACUGGUUGGCUCAGCCAUGAAAGUCUCUGCUGGAAGGGUGUCCCUGAUGAACGGCACCGACAAGCUGCAACUCAGCCAGGACAUUUCCGUGCUCCCGAGGCAAGACGAUGAUCUUCUCGAGCUGCAUGCCAUCGCAGACGAGUAUACAGGUAGAAUAGGUACCCGACGCUUGGAGAUGCGGCCGGGAUGGGUGACUGCAGUGCGGCUUCAGGGGCCGACGUUUGGGGAUUGCAGGCUUGAAGUGGAGUUCGCACCCGGGGAAAUCUGGGAGCAGCACUCCCUGUCUCUGUCUUACAAGCACAAGGUCGUCGUCAGGUCUGACAUCGCCGAGCUCGUGAAUUCGACUCAAGUCGCGGAUGAAACCGACCUCGAAGUGUCCUCCAUGACGUUGAUUGCCAUACUGCCGCGCCGCGCCAUGCAGGAGCUUUUGCUCGAGCACCUCAGCGUGAGCAUCCGGACAGAGGCGAUGCUGCCACCCUCAGGUGAGCAGACGUACCCCCGUCUCGUGGCUUUUCGAGAGUCGGGGUUCCAGAGGUGCAGCGUGCAAAACGGCAACGGGCUCGUUUGGCUUGUCGGAAAGCUCACGGCCUAUUGGGUCUUGGACUGCAUCGCGCUGCUGAUGUCUGCCAUCGUCGCCAUUAUGGAACUGGUUGCGGGGAGCCCUUGGUUUAGGGCCUGGCUGGCAGCCACGCUCUGGCUUCCAGGUUUCAUCUACGCCUGCAGGUACCAGGCAUAUCUCUUCGAUCGGAAGUGCUCCAUCUGCGCUUUACCUGCCUGCUGUUCGAGCUGUUGCUGUGGGAUUGUGUGGCUCUGGGUUCCCUUGGGACUCCUGGCGGGCACCUUCGUGGUCAACGGCAGGCACUUCCUGGGCCUGAUGCAGGUCGUUUGCAACGAGGACAUCCCCUUGCCCUUCGAUUUGGAGACACUGUACUUGUUCGAACUGUACAAGCGCGACGUGCGGCUCUUCAGCGACAUCCCGCGAUUGAUCCUUCUGGCCAUGGUGUUCGCGCGGCAGCAAGGGAGUCGGAACGAAAGCCUCGCCGGGCUGAUUGCCACAGUCCUGGCGGGAUCGGUCUCGCUGGUGCGUCAUCGACGAGCACUUUUCGAUGAAGCAUUCGAGUACUUCGAUGUGGUUACGAUGGAGCAGGUUGUCUAG